GUAUCCAACUAAACGUCUUACUAUAUGCUCGCACUGCAAGAUCAUUCGUAGUUGAGUUAAACGACCAUUUAUCAAAUAGAGUUGGCUAAACUACAAUGUGAUUUAACACAAUUUACACUACCGAUGUGUAAACACACGAAAUACAAGAGUAAAAGUGUGUCUCGGAGCCAAAAGAAACGUGUACAAACAACUUGCUCGUUUACCUACCAUUUUCAAAUUAAAAUUUGAAAAAAAAUAUGGCUGUUUAUUUAAAUAUUAUUAUUUAUUCACAAAAAUAUUCACAAAUGCUCCACCCUGGAGUGGCAUGCAGAAACUAACCUUAAACGUCGAUUAUUUCUAUUGGCUGAGAAUACUUCGAUCAUCAACUCCGUGACUGCUGCGCAGUAGAGCUUUGUUUUGUUACUAUCAUUCCACCAUAAAAAACUGUAGACAAACAUUUAUUCGUCUAUUAAAAUUUUAACUGACAAACAUGGAUUUCAAUCCUGAAAAAACAGGAUUUUUUGAUCUGAUAACUCAUCUGUGCAAAUCAUUGUUGGAAAAAAAUCCUAAAAUUAAUAAUUCGCGAAGAAACAAUUCUGAUAAAAUGAUAAAUAAAAUGCGUACUUUAGCAUUUCAAAUUUUAUUAAAAAAACAUCAUGAAAUAUUAGAUUUUGAGGAUAAUUGUAACACUGAAGAAGUUGACCCAAUAGUUGAUUUAUUAAAAUACUCCUUCGUGUUGAAAACUACUUUUGGAUGUUCAUCAAUAUCAACAAAGUUAGAAAACUUAUUAAAUGGAUUAUUAGAUAAUCUAGAUGAAAUUCAUUUUAUAAUGCCUGUAUUAUAUUUUCUAAGUUGUUUAAAAAACUAUCAACGUCAGGAACAAGAUAGUUUGAAUAUUUUUUAUUAUGGUAAACAUAAUCCUGCUUUACCAGAAGUUAUAGAAAAUGAAAAUGAAGUACCACAAUAUCAAAUUUAUCCUACAUCAGCAUUUUCGUUAUCCCAUAAAAUAAAUCAGAUGACUGAUAUUAAUAAUCAUGAUUUUAUGAGGGUUAACUUGGAGGCUUCUUUUGGUUUUACAUUUCAAUUUCAAUUGCAAAUAACAAAUAAUGAGUUUUCAAUGGCACCAUAUUCAUUUCAGAAUAUGAAUGCAAUAGGAGGAAUAGAAAAUGAAUUUUAUCCAAAUCAUAUCAAAUCUCUGUGGCAUCGAAAAGAGAUUGAAUAUAAAGAUGUUGAGACGUAUGAUUCAUUAUCAACAUCAAAUGAAUCAAUAGAAUCAUUAAACAAUGUUGAUGAUUUAUCACAAGUUGAUAAUGUUGUUACAUGGGAAACAAUGGGACAUCCAGAAUCAUCAAAACAAACUCAUUUUAUUCUAGAAUCAAAAGAUGCAAUUGAACACUUACAAUUUUAUCAAAAUUUAUCCAUUGAUUCCAUGGAUAUUCGUGAUCAAGAGCUACAAAAAAUUGAUAUUAGUGUUGAGGAAUUGAAGCAAAAUAUUAAGUUAGCAUUGCUUGGAAUAGAUUCAGGUUGUUAUGUUUGGGAUGAUAAAAGAGGAUUUAUUCUAAAAUCAAAUGUUUCUGUGAGAGGAUUAAGUAAAGAAACAUUAGAAAGUAUUUCAUCUGAAAUAACGCAUUGGGCUACAUGUUUUAAACUUUUAUCUCGACUAGUGAAGGGUGAUUCUGAAACUGAUAAAUCCAAAAAAGAAGGUUUAAUAUUUAAAGCAAUGCGUAACAGCAUAGAUGAAAUAAUAGUUCACUAUGUAGCAGCUAUUUCACAAAUAUUUAACCACGAUAAUUUAAAAGAAUUAUUAAGUUUAUUAUUUCGUUUACGGAAAUUAGGAAUAUUAAUUUCUGAAGUAGCUAAACUUUGUCGUUGUGAUAAUGUACAUCAAAUUGUAUUAACUGAAGGUACAGGAAUUUUAUCACAUAUUUAUACAGAAGUUACUAAAAAGACCAAACCCAAUAUUGCUUUAGUUUAUUAUUCAGUAUUAAAAUCUUGCUGUGAAGCUUAUUUUCAAUUAUUAGAAAAAUGGAUUUUUGAGGGAUCUAGUGAUGAAGCUUAUGGAGAAUUUAUUAUAAAAAUACGUAGCCAAUAUUUACGGCAUCGUGGUCAUAAAUUUUGGACUAAAUGUUUUGGGAUAAAUAAUCAAGCAGUACCUGGAUUUUUAAAAAAUCUCACGGAUUUAAUUUUACAAUGUGGAAAAACAGUAAAGUUACUGAAAAUAUGUAAUCCAAAUAAUCCGUUAUGUAAUUUAUUUCUAAUGGCACGGCCUACAAUGAAAGUAUGUUUAAGUGUUCAAAUGUUGUCUGAACAAGAAGAAAUUUGUCAAUCAUACAUAAGGAAAGGAAUGGAAAUAUUAGGAAUGAACGUUACCAUUAGUACCGCUCUUCAAGAAAUGAAAGCUAUAGAGAAAGCUAAGGCUGAUCAUGUAAUUGCCAUUCAAUAUGAAACAUUACAACGAAUUAAAAAAGAUCGACAAAAAGCACAGUUGUUGAUAGCCAAAAAUAAACGUGAACUUUUAGCAGAUCAAAAAAAACAGGUGCAAGAUGCAAUUUUACGAAAAGAAAAAGCUAAAGAGGCUGAAUUAUUACAAGAUAAAUUAAUGUUGGAAAGACAUUUGGCUGAAGAGGAAAAAAUACGAAUAGAUCGAGAAGCUGAAAUACAAGUUACUUUAGAUUAUUAUAAAGAAUUAGCCGCGGAAGCUAAAAAACAACGGGCUCGAGCUCUGUGGAGAACAAAAAGAAUGAAAAUUUUCGAUGAGAGGCUCAGUAUUAUUACAUUAACACGUCAAGAUGAAAUAAAUAUGCUAUUUAAGAAAGAAUUUUUCAAUAAUUCGGUAUCUAUUAUUAAAAAUAACGAUACAAAUGCUAAACCAGAAAAUAUCAAUUUAAUAAAAUUUGAAUCAGCUAUAGACAUUGCAAAUAAUUUAAUAAAAUACGAAGAUCGUAAUAAAUUAAAUAAGAAUGAUAAUCAAAAAAGAAAUAAUGAAAUAAAAAGCAUAGACAGACCCACUCGUCCAACUCUUUUACCUGUAAAUAAACAAAAUACAACAAUUGAAUCAAUAUUCAAUGAAAUUUCUGAAAACAAUCCUACAUUUAAAAAUACACGAACGCAAAUUUGCUAUAAUUUAAAUGCGAAGAGCAUUGUUGAAGAUAAAACGCAAUGUACACUAACAAAUACUGCUAAUAUUAAUGAUAACAACAAUUUGAAUAUCAUUAUUCUUGAUGAAAAAUCUAAUAGAAAUACAAUUGAUAAUGAAAUGGAUAACGCUAAUGAUCAAAAUAAUCAGAAAAAUACAAACAAUGCUCAAGAAGAACAAGAAGCUUUUAAAUCAGAAGGUGAUAAUAAUGAAGCGGGAAAUUCUAUUGAUAUACGACAAACUCCAAAUCCAACAGGAAAUGAAUUAAAUGACACAACACCAAUGUCUUGUACUACUGAUAGUUAUGUACCUUCUGGAAUGAGUGGUUCUGCUAUAUAUAAUUGUCUUGAAAAUGGUUCUCUUGAAUCGAAAAAUGAUUUUGAAACACCAACAACUCCUGGUGAUUUUCUAAAUAGUCGUAAUGCAGAAAGCAGAUUGUCAGGAGAAGAUUAUUUCCCUCGAUCGAGUAGUCAAUUUUUUAAUAUGAUGAAAACAAAUAAUUUUAACCCACCUGCAUUCGAAACAUCUCUAUCGAAAGCUGAUGUUGCCAUGAUAGAUAAUACAUCUCUUCAAGUAUAUUUAGAAAAAUCUGUUUUAAUUCCUUUGCGUGUUCAAAGUCAUUUAGCUAAUUCUGCAAUUGUUAAAUGCUUAAUAUAUGAUCAUAAGAUGCUUUCGCAUUUACAAAGUUUGAGAUGUUUUUUCUUUCUUUUAAAUGGUGAAUUUGCAAAAAAUCUUACAGGACCAUUAUAUGCUAAAUUUUACAGUAUUUCUAUGCCUGAUGAAUUAUUUAAUUCAUCUGCGUUAACAAAUUUAUUAGAAAAUGCUCUACAUUAUUCACUCAAUAGCUCUUACACUAAUUCUGAGCUACUAAGUCUUACAGCUAUUGAUAUACCAACUCGUUUAAAGGUAUUGGAUCCAGAGGCUUUAAACUGUCUUUGCUUGCGCUAUAAAGUAACAUGGCCGUUAAAUAUUAUAUUGGAUGAAGCUGUAAUGCAACAAUAUGAUAAAGUUUUUAAAUUCCUAUUGAUGGUAGGACGUGUAAUGUGGGUUCUUCAAGAAGAUUUUUGUAUUUUAAAAAAUCAACGAGAAGCAGCUCUUUCUUAUCAAUAUCAUCGGGUUCAGCUAUUUCGUCAUGCAAUGAUGCAGUUUAUGACUGCAUUAAGUAAUUAUCUUACCUGCAGUGUGUUACAUUCCAGCUGGGCAGAAUUUGAAAAAGAUCUUGAGAAUGCCAUGACAAUAGAUCAAAUUUAUGCUACUCAUGUGAGUUAUAUCAAGAAAAUUUUAUCAAGAUGUAUGUUAACAAAUCGUGGUGAAAAGCUACGAAUUUGUUUGCGUAAUGUUUAUCAAAUCAUACUUAAAUUCCACAAUUAUUUGCGAUCUCAUGAUUGGGUUUCCACAUCUAAAGGAUAUGUUCAUCCUAAUUUUUCUAAAUUAGAAAAAAUGUAUGAAGGAUUUUGUACUAUGAGGACAUAUCCAGCACAAGUUGUUGAUAGAUAUGCUAGUAGUGGUUACCAGAUGCAUCUCACACGCUUUCUUGAUGCUCUUAAUAUUAAUCCACUAUUUAGUUUAUAAAUAAAUUAUAAACUAUUUAUAAAAUUAUUUAAAAACAAAUUUUAGAAAACUUCCAUUUUUCUAUGAUUAUAGUUAUAUUUAUUGUAUUAUACAGAUAUAACAAAAAUAAAAA